UAUCGUGGUCAUUAAAUAAUCAUUUUAGUCAUUGUGUGAGCAGAAAUGUCAAAUAUUUGCUGUUUUUAAACUUUCAGAUAAGAGGCUUUCAUAAUUUUCUUUGUCACAUGACAAUAAAUUGGAUAUCUUUGGAUGUUAGACUGCUUGUAAGACAUUUGAAGAAGCAUUUUUACUGACAAACGAUCGAUCGUUGAUUGUAAAGAUAACUGGUGGAUUGAUCAAUAAUGAAAAGUAGUCGAAUAGUCAAAGUAUUUGCAGCCCUACAAUAUUAGUAUGAUGUAUAAUUUGUUUUUCUUAGCCUACUAUUAAUGUGUGAACUGAAAUUGUUAAAAAAAAAAAAAAAUACAAAAGCCGAGACUACAGUUAUUUUCCUAUAAAAGUUGGACAAUUUGAUUGUGAUUUCGGGCAAAGAAAAAAUAUAUUUCAAUAAAAAUAAUUAAGAAAAAGAAAAGAUUAACAGCUACAGCGGCUGUAAACACGGUUGUUUUCCGCCUGCAACUUCUCGCGAGGUUACGAUCAGCACGGCAGAGAAAAUGGAAGGCUGUGCUAGAUAGCUAGCCGAGCGAACGUAACCGUAACUGGAAAAUUUGUCAUUUAUAUUGAAGGUACAUAGAAAGACAAGUGGAAUGACACUUCAAGCGUCCUGAAAAUUAGGCUUUGGCAGCCAUCAACUUAUUAGUUGUAGAGCCUUGUUCCCUACGGAUGUCCCAAUGGAAAAUAACCACAUCACAGGUGAUAAUAAUUCAGAGGAACAGCAGAGCCAGACAGAAGGGGCAGAGUCGAACGUCAGGCCAACCCUGUCACAGGUUAAAAAGUCCUGGGGCUUCAGGCGGACAACGAUCGCUAGACGGGAGUUCAUGGAAGAAGUUGGAGACCUAACACACAGCCCUCCACUUGUAAGGAGAGGCAGAGGUCGUCGAACCAACCAGACACCUCAGACUACUACAGAGACCCGUGCCUCACAAAAAGCUACAUGCUCAACUAGGAGUGUUAUAGAGGACCUCGAGUGGUCUUCUCCAUCAUCACCUGCAUCAGAGGAAAGCAAGCCAGCCUCGGAAGCUUCUGCAGGAGGGAGCCUUGACCCCAGCUUAUGGCAGGAUUUUGGGUCUGCUUUCCACACUGCCUUCUCACUACUUGGCGGGAAUGAGGGCUUGUCGAUGGACAUGCCAGAUGCACUAGCAACCCCUGAUUAUUUGGAAGCUACCGAUGCCAUCGAGGCCCUUCCUCCUCAGGCUAUAGAUGAGGUGCCUGAUAAUAUGGAAUCAGCUGAUGACAUGGAAAUUUUGCAGACAGUUGCUCCUGACAAUGUGGCAGGAGGGGAAAUAGAUGAUGUGGUGUUGAUCUCUAGUCAAGAAGAGGACAGUGAUGAAAUGACUCUGAUGCAGAUUAAGGAGCAGCUAGCAUCUAAAAGCAAGCAGGGAGACACGAGAGCUCGAGGGGGUAAAGGUGGAAGGGGAAAGGCCAGAGGACGGGGUAGAGGCAGAGGGAGAGGUAGGGGCAGAGGGAAAGGAAGGGGCAGAGGGAGGGGCAGGGCAGUGGAGCUCCAGUCAAGCAUUGCAGCUGAUGUGGACAAUGAUGAUGAGGUGAUGCUUUUUAAUGCCGCCGAGCCACAGCAGCAAUUGCAAGAGGAGGAAAAUGAACCACGCAGCCUUGCUGAAAUAGAGAUUUCAUCUUCUCACUCUGAUAUGAGUCCUGCGCAGCGCUCAUGCUCAGACUGCAUAAUCAUAGACACUGAUUUAGACCAGAUUACUGAUGUAACUCCUGGCCAGUAUGAUGAUGCACCAGAGGAGGAGGAGGAGGAAGAGGAGAAGAAGAAAGACGAUGAGAAUGUAGGAGAGUAUUCAAGCAUAUCGGACACUGAGGGUUAUGACUCCAAUGCCCUAUACUGCAUCUGCAGACAAAAACACAAUAAAAGGUUCAUGAUCUGCUGUGACAGUUGCCAGGAGUGGUUCCAUGGCAACUGUAUUGGUAUCAGUGAAACACAAGGCCGUAUGAUGGAGAAAAAAGGGCAAGAGUAUAUCUGCCCCCCCUGCACUACCAAGAAGCAACUUCAGUCUGAGCCUCACUCUCAGCCAGAGCCUGAGCUUAGCUUUUCCGAAUGCGUGACACUAAGUCCUUCUGGUGAAGAAGGGGAGGGGCAUGAGGAGCAGCAAGCCCUGAAGGAGACUGUGGUGGUGGAGGAGGAGGCGGAGGAGGCUCCUGUGAUUAGGCCAGAGCCUGAACCCGAAGCUGAGAUGGAGAUGGACAGCUCUCUUCCCCUGUGCAUUGGACCUGGGUGCCCCAAACAAGCCCUACCGGACUCUGUUUACUGUGGCACUGACUGCAUCCUUCAGCACGCUGCUGUUACUAUGAAGACACUGUCUGUCCCUAAGGCGCCUAAGUCCAGAGGGCGGCCACAGAGAAAAGCUGCCACUGCCAGACCCACUGCAAAGGGUCAGAGGUCGGUUAGGAUGUCUAAGAGGUUAGCAGGAAAAGCUGAGGAAAAGGGUGAAGAGGAGGACAUGAAGGAAGAUGAUGGAGGGAAUAAGGAGGCUGCAUCUCCCUUAGCCUGCGACCCCAGUCUCACAGAAGUUCAGACCACUUCCAUACCAUCAUCUAAGUUUUACACAGCGUCUCAAAAGGACAGUAAACAGGUAGAGGCUGACUGUGAGGAUGUAACUCCUUCAACACAAUCUCCAGAGGAAAACUCUACAGAUGCUGUUCCCCCUUCCCAGCCCAUCACUGAGCCAGACCCACCACAAAUAGACUCUUCAGAAAAGGCAAAGGAGCCAUUAAACAGUGGUGUAUCUAAGCAACAAUCUGCAGAAUCGGAUCCCUCAAUACCACCCACCCAGGCAAAAUCUAGUCCAUCUCCAGCCGCACAAUCCUCAACCACCUCAGCACCCAGACAUCAUGAAACAGGGGCCCUUAUUGUCACUAAGACUGCAUAUGUCAUACCAAAGAAGCAGUCCGGACCUCAGCCUCCGUCCGUGUCAGCCUCAGCAUCAUGCAAGAAAACUUCUUCUGCCCCCACACUGCUGAAUGAAACCCGGAACCUGCCGGUGCCUCCUGCACCCAGUGCUCCCUCCUCCAGACCCUCUCAACCCAACAACCAGGUCAGACAGAGCAUCCAGCGCUCCCUCACCAGCAUCCUCUUCAAAAGGGUAUCUGAUUGUGAGGACUUGGAAAUGUCAGAGAGCGACGCUGCAAAGCUUGUCGCAAAUAUCGAAAUGGAGAUGUUCGACAUAUUCCGCAACACAGACAGCAAAUACAUGAACAAGUACAGAACUAUAAUGUUCAACAUAAAAGACCCAAGAAACAAGGGCUUGUUGUAUCGGGUUGUACGUGGAGAAAUCAGUCCCUUCAGACUGGCCAGGAUGAGCCAGAAGGAUAUGCAGGCCACCAAGGCACCAGAACCAAGUCCGAAAGAAACACCAGAGGUUAAAGAUGCAGCUGCUAAAGCAACAAGUUUGCCGCAGAAACCUGAAGCAGUGAAGGUUGAUUUGCCCAGUUUGAAUCCUGCUAGACCUGAUAGAAGAUCCAACAAAAGACCUGAUAGCACGGUUGCUUCCCAGGAACAGAAGAGAAGUCUUCCUGCUCCUGCUCUCAAAAACAGAGCACUCUCAAGCCAGAGCAGUGCUACACCAGAUAUUUUAACGUGUAUGCUUAAGGACACAACAUCAGAGCACAAAGCUCACCUCUUUGACCUGAAAUGCAAGAUAUGCACAGGCCAGAUACUACCUGUGGAAGAAGAGGAACCUGCCAAGAAAAAAUCCAAGGUUUCUGAAACAAGAGAUAAGCACGAACCCUUCUGGAGAAAGUCUGCAGGAGAUGACUCCCCUCUGCGCGUACCACCUGACUCACCUGACAUGGAUUCUCCAACAUCUCCCUUAAUGGAUCCCUCAUCCCGCCUUAUCAUCGACUCUCCAGCACUGACAAUAGUAGAAUCCCCUGCUUCCCCCGUAAUGGAUUCUCCAGCCUCCCCUACUUUAGAAUCUCCUGCUUCCCCGGUCACAGAGUCCCCUGCUUCCCCAACUCCAGACACCCCUAAAGCUACUAUACCAAAGAGAGCAUAUACACCAGUUGUGAUCCCAGCAGUCUCCACCGUAAGCAUCACAAGACGAGAUCCCCGCACUGCAGCAAGCAGGUUCUCUGCCUCAUCCAGUAGCACCUCAGGUCCCAGUAACGCAACCCAUAACCAAUCAGCCCCUUAUGCCCCUCUUAAAGAGACUAGCUCUGCCUCGCCCUCUGCACCAGCAUCCUCACUGCCACCAACAAAAACUUUACCUAAAUCUAUCUUAAUGAAGCCGUCUUCCUCAGCAGAUCCCAGACUCUAUGGCGCAUCCUCAAGGACCGUGAUCUCUGAAUCCCCAUCUGAUGGUGAGACGGCUCAGUUCCUGGCUAAGCAAGAGAUACUGUGGAAAGGCUUUCUAAACAUGCUCACAGUAGCCAAGUUUGUCACCAAGGGAUAUCUGGUUUCAGGAUCUGCUGAAAACCUUAAAGCGGACCUACCUGAUACCAUACAAAUCGGAGGACGAAUCAUGCCUCAAACAGUGUGGGACUAUGUUGCAAAACUAAAGACAUCUGUUACUAAGGAGUUAUGUGUGAUCCGGUUUCAACCUGCAACAGAGGAGGAAGAGGUAGCCUAUGUCUCCCUGUUUUCAUACUUCAGCAGCAGAGGUCGUUUUGGUGUUGUAGCCAAUGGCAGUCGUUCCAUCAAGGAUGUAUACCUUGUCCCACUCAGUGCAAAGGAAUCAAUACCAUCAAUACUACAACCUUUUGAAGGACCAGGGCUUGAAAAAAAACGGCCCAAUCUUCUUCUGGGUUUGGCAAUCAUCCAGAAGACAAAACGUCCAGGAAGCUUGCCUCAGGAAAUUGAAGAGAAGAGACCCAAAGUUCAUAUGUCCAAAGAUCCUAUGUGGAUCCCAAAACCUCCGGUCCUCUAUGGGUCUGACAAAUUGGAAAUAUUCCAACCCUAUGAUCCAGAGACCCCUACUAGUACCACCCCUCCUGGUUCACCAUCUUGCCCUGGUUCACCAUCAGAUUCUUCGUCUUCUGGCUCAGUUACUGUGCCAUCUCUUUUGACUUCUAUGAGAGCGAAUCCUACUGUUUCUACCUCAGCGAUUUCUGCUGUCACUCAGUCCGCCUCCAGUAGCAUCUCUGACAAAAAUCCCACUACAGCAUCCGGUAAUAAGACACCACUACAGACUAUCUUGAAAACUUUGUUUGGCAAUAAGAAAGACUCUCCUGAUGAAGGUUCUGCAACAACAACAACAACAACAGUAAGUGCUAAGAAGAAUCCAGUGUUUUCUCAGGUGUCCGCAGCAAUGGUGGAUCCAAUUGUCCAACAAUACGGGCAGAAAUCAAAAGUAAAAGAGAUAGAAGAGGACAAUGACUUUGACAGACCAUAUGACCCAGAGGACGAGUAUGAUCCAGCCAUGGGAUUUGGAAUGGUUGCUUCACAGAACAUAGAAAAAAUUGAGAGAGAUGACCCUGCAUUAUCAGGCUUUGUAGAUGAUGAUGUAGCCUAUGAUCCAGAGGAUGAAACUAUCUUUGAAGAUAUGCAGAGUGAUACUGUUAUAACAAAGGCCCCUGUUCCAAUGCAAACAUCAGAUUCUUCAACAUGCCCAACGCCGCUUUCAACCGAAGUUGUAACACCAGCUGCCACUGCUACUCCAGUGCAAACUUCUACCCCAGCUGCAGUAAUGACAAACCUUCCUACAGGCACUGUGGUUGUUUCAGCUGCAACACUGACUGAACAACAGCGCAUGCUUGAGGAGCUUAAUAAGCAGAUUGAAGAGCAAAAACGGCAGUUGAAAGAGCAGGAAGAGGCACUACGUCAACAGAGAGAGGCUGUGGGUAUGUUCAUGGCUCACUUUUCUGUUUCUGAUUCCCUGAUGUCUCCACCAACAAAAUCUUUGCCCCUCAGUCAACUGUCAUCUCUGCAGAGUGGCAUAAUGGAAACAGAGUCAAGGCCUUCAGAAACAACAGACAAGACCAGCAACCCUACAGAGACUCUGAACAAAUCAGAUGUGGAUUCACAGUCUGUUAAGCAAGAAAACAACACUGCUAUCCCUACUUUAAAAAAUAAAGACACAGAUACUGUUGCAGAGCAAGAUGAAACACAGGAAAAUGGUGAGGAUAGUGACAAGUAUUCCUCUGCUGGAGAGAUUGAAGAUUCUGAUGUAGCUUAUGACCCAGAGGAUGAAUCACUUUUUAAUGAAAUUCAAGACGAUGUAUUUCAAGGAAGUAGUGUAAAGACUCGUGAUUCAUCAGGGCAUAGUUCCAGCCGCAAGGGUGCGCCUUCAAAUUCAUACCGCAGCAGAAAGCAAAGGCUGUCACCAAAGAAGCGAAGUCAUCGUGAAAGGGACCAUAGAAGUCCUUCAAGAAGAUCACAGCGGCGUUCUCCCUCACAUUCCCGGAGACGUAGAGAAAGGGAUAGACACAGAAGAAGUGAAAGGGACAGGUCAAAGCAUAGAGCUAGAAGCCAGACUGAACGCCAGGGUCGCCAUCAUAAGGAGCAUUCUACGCGCCGACAUUCUCGUGGCCGUAAAAGAUCCCCGUCAUCUCCCAGAAAAAAAGAUUCUGUGUCCCUUUCACCAAAAGAGUACAGGGGACCUUCCCCUCAAGUCCUUGAGAAAUCUAAACAUGCAAGAGUUCCAUGUAAUGCUCCAGAGUCUGUUGUUGGACAAUUUGUAGAGAGUUACAAAACAUCGUCUAUCCCGGUUACUAUUAAAAAUGACCCUGGUGGACAUCAGUUAAAAUGUAAUCUUGCUGAGAGCCCUGACUCCUCUCCUCAUUCACAUGAACUUCUUCACAAUGUGAAGCUUGAGAAUUCAGAACCACAAGAAUCCCAUGAUCUUCAAAAUAAUUCAGUCAGUGGUUCUUCUACACAGGUGGAGAAACCCUCUCAAGAUGAAACCUUGCUUAAAAACAAACUUGAAAGCCCAGUUCCUCUUAGAGAAAUUGACCCACCCAUUCGAGAUUCUCCUCAGAGCCCAGAUCCAGAACCACAGUUCUUGAAACCUAGCAGCAUAGAAGAGAAAGACUCUGUUAAGACUGAGGAAAUCAGAGAUCCUGAGAUACAUACCAGUGCCUCAAUGCCAUUUGUUAAAGUUGAAAAUAAUUUUCUGUCUAUUGGUGGUCAAGCAACAGUUUCCAAUAUACAGGGGACAAUAUCAAAUGUUAGAAAUUCAAAUUAUGGUCCUCUACAUCUACAGGGCCCAGGUGUCAGAAAUCAAUGUAUGAUAGGGGUAGACAAACAGUUACGGGAAAGUCCAGGCUUAAAGCAUCCAGAAAUUAUGGUUCAAGGCUCGGGACCUGAAUUAGACUCUACAACAAAUCAUCCAAGAAAUCCAGGACUAGAUAUGAAAGAACCUGGACAUAGUGGACAACAGAUAGGGCCUGAUAUGAGACGUCUAGACAUGCAAGGCCUGAGCCCCAACAUUUGGGGUUCUGGAUCACAGAUAAAGGACCCAAGGGCAGGGAUGCAGAGUUCAGAGCCAAAUAUAAGAGAACCAAGUAUUCAGCAUCUCAGUACUGAUAGAAUUGGUCCAGGUCCGGUCAUGAGCGGUAGGAAUGCGGGAGGAAUGAGGAGUACAAUGCCAGAUAAUUCAAAUAUGGGAGAAUCAGGGCUACACAGUGAGAGGAGAGAUCCAAUCAUGAAGGGCCCUUCACCAGAUUUAUGUGGGCUUGACAUAAGUGGCUCAAGGGGCCCUUCUUCAGCUAUGUAUCAUCCAAGGGGUCCACAGAUAGAAGUUAGGGCUCCAGAUAUUAUAGGAAGAGGAAGAACCCAAAAAGAUGGAGGUGAAAGUCCACACACUGGGGGUAUGAAAUCUGCUAUGAUGAGAGAUCUGAGUCCAGAUAUUAGAAGUCCAGGUUCAUCUUUCAGGGACUCAAGAAGAGUUCAAAGGCAAUCAAGACAUGAUGGCAGUCCAGUUUUAGAAGAAAGAGGCCACCAGAAAGGGAGUUUUCAGCCACAGGGAAGAAAUACAGACUUUAGUAGGGUGGGUCAAGAAAGGAGUUUUGAUUCAAAUGCAUCUACAGGUUCAGAGGGUAGAGGUCAAAGAACAGAUAUACUAUCCCCAUCAAUGACAGUUGGGAGGCAGGUCCCACAUAUAGGGCAAGAUGUACUCAUAAGAGGACCAAGGUCAAACAUAAAUUAUGAAAGUGGUGGGUCUAACAUUUCCUGCAUUGGACAAGACAGUAGUGGGCCUGGAGGACAUUUCAAGGAGCCAAAGACAGAUAUUAGGACUGAAAGGAGUGUGCAUGGCCUGGACAUGAGGGAAUCAGACACUAUACAUGAACCAAGAAAGCAAGAUAUGACAGGAGUAAAUUAUAUGAGGCCUGGUCAGGAUAUGGACAGUAUGGUUGUCUCAGAUACAAGGGGUGAUAGAAGUGAGUCACAUGCAAGGAGUUCAAGCAGAGACAUUGGAGAAAUGGGUCCAAAUAGGAGGGAUGCAGACAUGCAAGGAAGAAAUUCAGUUCCAGGGCUAGAGAGGAGAAAUGAUCAAAUGGGUCAAGAAGACAGACGUCCCAUGCCAAACAUUACAAAUCCAGAUUGGAGAGGUCCAGGACCAAGUGGUGUUGGCCCUGACAUCAGGGGUCCUAGGUCUCAAAAUAAAAGCCUGGGUCCAUAUGCAAAGGAUUCAGAUUGGAGUGGCCCAGGAUCAGAUAUAAGAGAUGAUUGGAGAGGCCCAGAGAGGAGAGGUUCAGUUAAAGGAAGGCCAUUCAUUCAAGCUGAAUGGGGAAUCCAUCCGUCUGAUAGGAGAGGCCCAAACAUGGAGAGUCAGGAGCCUGCCAGAGGACCAGUGGGUUUGGAUUUCAUGCCACCAGCAUCUGAAAGGAGAGGACCUUGUGUGGAUGUCCCACUGCAAGACAGGAGAGGACCAGUAGGUCCAGAUUUCAGGAAACCAGAGUCUGAAAGGAGAGGUCCAACUAUGGACAAUCUAGGACCUGGCAUGAGGGGACCAGGGGUUGACAGGAGAGAUCUAGCUUUGGACGGUCCUGGAACUGAAAGGAGGGGACCUGGAGGUCCACAGUUCAGGGGGCUAGGACCUGAGAUGAAAGGCCCACCUAUGGAAGGUCAGGGACCUGAAAUGAGAGGACCAGCAGGUACAGACUUCAGGGGCACGUGGUCUGAAAGGAGAGGUCCUGAUAUGGUUGGUCCAGGGCCUGACAGGAGAGGACCAGGAGAUCAGGAUGUCUGGGGACCAGGCCCUCAAAGGAGAGGUCCUGAUAUGGUUGGUCCAGGGCCUAACAGGAGAGAACCAGGAGAUCAAGAUGACUGGGGACCAGGGCCUGAAAGGAGAGGUGCAGCUAUGGAGGGUCCUGGAAAUGACAGGAGAGGACCUGUAGGUCCAGAUUUCAGGGGACCAGGGCCUGAAAACAGAAACAUAUCCAUGGCAGGUCCUAGACCUGGCAGAGCAGGGCCUGGAGGUCCAGAUUUCCGAGGGCCAGGGCCUGAGAGGAGAAGUUUAUCUAUGGAGAGUCCUGGGCCUGACAGUAGAGGACCUGGAGGUCCAGAUUUCCGAGGGGCAGGACCUGAAAGGAGAGGUCCAGCUAUAGACACUGUAGGACCUAACAGAAGAGGAUCAGGAGGUCUAGAUUUCAGUAGACCAGGGCCUGACAGGAGAAGUCCUGCUAUGGUUGAUCACGGGCCUGACAGGAGAGAAUUAGGAGUUACCAAUUUUACUGGGCCAGGACAUGAAAGAAGAGGUCCCUUUAUGGACAGUCAAGAGCCUGACAAGAGAGGAUCAGGAGGUCCAGAUUUCCGGGGACAAGGCUCUGAUUCAAGAGGACCAGGAGGUUCAAACUUAAGAGGGCCAGGAUGUGAAAGAAGAGGUCCCUUUAUGGAAGGUCAAGGGCCUGACAGGAGAGGACCAGGAGAUCAAAAUGCUGAUGGUCCUGAUAAGAGGGGACCUCAUAUGCGGGGUCCUGGACCUGACUUCAUAGGACUGGGGUCUGAAAGAACUGGUUCAUAUAUGGAAGGUCCAGGGCUUCACAGUCAAGCACAGGGAGAAGCAUACUUCAGGGGUCCUGGGCCUGAAAGGAGUCAUCCAAAUAUGGAGGGCCCAGGGCCUGACAGGAGAGGACCAGGAGGUCAAAACAUGAGGCGACCAGGGCUUCAUCAUUCAUGUCCAAACAUAGAGGACCCAGAACCUAACAAUAGACAUACAGAAGGUCCAAUUUUCAGGGGACCUGGGCCAGAAAGAAGACCUCCAGAUAUGGAGGGAACAGAAAACAGCAGGAACUUUCAAGGAGGCCCACAGUUCAGGGGGGGUCCUGAGCCAGAAAAAAGACCUUCCGAUAUGAAGUGCCCAGAGUUUGACAGGGGAGGUCCACACUUUAGAAGAGGGGGGCCUGAAAGAACUGUUAUGGAGGCUCAAGGGAAAGGUCCAAGAGGUCCAGAUUUUAGAGCACCGGGUUGUGAAUUUAGAGGUCCAGAUGCAGAGAGCCCACGGCCAGACAGGAGAGAACUGGGGGGCCCAGGCUUCGGAGAACCUGGGCCUGAGUGGAGAGGUCCAAAUAUGGAGGGCCCAGGACCUGAGUGGAGAAGAUCAGGUGGUCCAAACUUAAGAGGCACAGGAAUCAGGCAGAGAGGUCAAAAUACAGAUGGUUUAAGACAUGACAGAAGAGAUGACUGGGGAGGGGCUGACUUUGGAGGGUCAGAUCCGAUCCAAGAAAGCCGAGAUAUAGAGGGCCCAGGACCUGAUAGAACAGAACAAAACUUGAGGGGUCCAAGGCCUAUGAGGAGAAACUUUAGAGGACCAGGGCCAGAGAUGAACAGUCUAAAUCGGGGUGACAGAUGGAAAGGGACAGACACAGAACCAUGGUUAGAUGAAAGAGGGACCAAUAUGGAGGCUGUUGUAAAUGAAAUAGAAUUUUCAGGAAAUCAUUGGGAAAGACAUGGCAACAGUGGUCCACCACCUAUCCACGAGGGUCCAGAUGAGCAGUGCCAAGAACAUAGUAUGCAAGGUCCUCAUAGUGAAUGGAGAUGCCCUGGAGGUAGGGGGCCAAAACCUAUGCAGGAAAGACCAAAUAUCCUACUUCCAGGACCCAUGAGGGGUGUAGGAGAUGAUUGGAGUGGUCCUGGUUGUAGGGGCCCAGGGCCUACACCGGAUGAUCCAGAUAUGAUGUGCCUAGGGGUAGGGCCAAGGGGAGGACCUGGAAAUGAAUGGAGAGUGCCUGGUAGAGGGGGUGCUGGGCCAAACAGAAGGGGAGGGGGGGCAUUUUUCAGAGGAGAAAGGGGUCCACAUAUUAGAGGACUAGGCCAUGAUAGAAGAGGUCAAAGCAUUAGAGGACCAGGAUCUGAGGGGGGUCCAGAUAUUAGAAAUGACUGGAGGCAGCCAGAAUUCAGGGGGAAUAUAAGAGGGCCAAACAUGGAAGGACCUGAUGCCCAUAAGAGAGGCCCAGACUUGAUGAAUUCAUGCCCAAACAGGAAAGGAUUUGAGAUGGAAGGUCUUAAUAGAAUGGACCCAGGAGGUCAUGAUUUAAGACGCCCAGGAAACAGAAGUUCAAACAUUGAGGGUCCAGGGACUGAUGGGAGGUUUUCAGAUUGUGGGGGGCAAGGAUCUGAAAGACGAGGUGCAGACAUGGAAAACCAUGGACCAGGUAGACAAGGAUUUGAGCAUGAUUUUAGAAGGGAAAGGAGAGGUCCAGGCAUGAGAAGGCCAGGACCUGAUAAAAGUUUAGAUGUGAGACAUGGGCCUGGGAGGUGGGAUACAAACACUGAGGUUCCUGGCUCUGACAGAAGAGGUCCAGACAUGAUAGGCGUAGGUUUAGACUCAAGGGGAUCUGAGCCAGCCAUGAAGAAUGAUAUGCAAGCUAUGAGGUAUUCAGAUAAAACUGCAUUACUUCAUUUCAAUAGUCCUCAUCAGGUUACCAGAUUCCAGGGUCCUAAUGAUCCACAUUCUGCACUGUUCAAUGGGCCCCCAGGUCCAGCUCCAAACAGUGGAGGAAAAUUAUGCCCAGAUUUUGACAGCCCACAAAAUCAGCAAUCAGUUAAACCCCAGAGACACAGAGCUGCCUUACUUCCCACUCCGACAGAAGGUCUCAUACGCUUCCCAAAUCAUAAGAUCAACAAUCCUGAUUUCUUCAGCCCAAAACAAUCACAAGUGGGUUUCUCUACAGAUAGGGAGUGGGGUAGAGGUAGACAACUGAGUCAAAAAAAAGUGUUAGUCCAUGGGCAAAGAGAGGAGCAGGAGAAAAGUCCUGCUGGUAAAAUAAGCACAUCUGUAGAUGCAAACACAGGUGUUGGAAUGGGCAAUGAAACUGAUAAACAGGGGAAUUUGGAUGCAUCUGUAGAAACUAAAACUAAUCAAAGUGGUAAUAGUGAUGGAAAUAAAAGCAAUGUCGAGCCAAGUUAGAGGCAGGCAAAAAACCAUGGGCCCCUCAGGACAGUUAGGCUGCUGAACUAGAUCUGCAAAAAUAGUACCAUCACAUUGGAUAGAAAUACUAUACUAUAACACACACUGAAUGUAUUUUUCUCAAGGACAGUGAUUGUCCAUGUCUCAUGUACAGUCAAAGCCAUGCAAGAUCAGAUAUUGUAGCAUAUGGAAAUGCUUCAUUAUGUUCUAGUUCUGUCUUGUUUUGUUCAAAGUAAAUGCAUUUAUUUUUGUUAUGUGAUUAGGACUCAAUUCCUCUUGAAUUUAAUUGAUAACCUGUGCAUUCAACUCAAUGUGUAUUUCUAUUUGGAAAUAAUCAGAAAUGUUUUGUACAGAAAAUGUACAGUUUUUGUUUCUUUGUUUUUUUUUUUAACAUAGCCAUAGCGUCAGUGCAGUAACCUUGAUCUGGCUUUUAUGUUCCUCUACUGAUAAAAGAUAACUUGUUUCAAGUCAAUAAAAGUACAUACACCUUUUUAAA